ACGUAGCAUAAAUCGAAAUUUUGAUUGAACAAUCAAAAUGGCACCACCGGAUCCAGUUACGCAGAUGAACACGUACAGAUCGUACGUGACCAUGUUGGCCGAUCCAGUUUCAAAAGAUGAGUUGAAACUGAAGGCAGCUCAAGAAUUGUCGGAGAAUUUUGAGGUCAUCAUGUGCUCCUCGCAAUAUCCGGCAUUUCUUGACCACAUGAUGAAAAUUUUUUUAAAGAUACUUCAAGAGGGUGAACCGCACUUCAUCUCCGAGUACAACAUUCAACAAGUUAGAAAGCUGAUUUUAGAAAUGAUACAUAGGCUGCCCAGUAACGAUUACCUACGCCCUUACGUGAAACAGAUUUUAAGUUUGAUGUCGAAGUUAUUGGAAACCGACAACGAGGAGAACGUGUUGGUCUGUCUGAGGAUCAUCAUCGAGUUGCAUAAACAGUACAAACCAACUUUUAAUCCAGAAAUACAGUAUUUUUUGCAAUUCGUUAAAUCGGUGUACAGUGAGUUACCAAAGAACUUGCCAAAAAUAUUCGAACCUAGACCUCCGUUGAGAGUGAAAGAUCUAUCAGAAAUAAACAUAGAUGCACUUUUAAAAGAGACAUUCACGAUUACGGCUAUUCAAAGCGAAAAGAAAGCUGCAGACGGCACUGUUGUUACAUACAAUCUUAUUCCAAAGGCAGUACUGUCACUGAAGGUGCUUCAAGAGUUACCAAUCAUCGUAGUACUUAUGAACCAACUGUACAAGCAAAACGUGCACCAAGAUGUGUCCGAUUUCAUUCCUCUGGUGAUAACAACGAUAACUCUUCAACCAAGUCCUCAGCACCGCGCAUCCCCUGGUUUUAACAAAGAGGUUUUCGUCGAUUUCAUGGGUGCUCAGAUCAAAACGUUGUCCUUUUUAGCGUACGUGAUCAGGGUGUAUCAAGACGUCGUUUCUCAGCACAGUUCAUUGUUAGUGAAAGGUAUACUCGGACUGUUUACUCUGUGCCCGAUGGAAGUGGCACACUUACGGAAAGAAUUGGUGAUCGCUUCGAGACAUAUCCUGGCGACCGAUCUUCGAAACAAAUUCAUACCGCACAUGGAGUGCUUCUUCGACGAGGACAUCUUCAUAGGUCGUGGUUGGACCACUCACGAGAGUCUCAGACCUCUAGCUUACUCAACUCUCGCUGAUUUGGUUCAUCAUGUCAGAUUAUUGUUGCCAUUGAGCGACGUCUCCAGAGCUGUGCAUCUCUACAGCAAGAAUUUACUCGAUCAGAGCCUUCCAACAGCCGUGCAGAUGGUCUCCUGCAAGCUUUUGAUGAACCUGGUGGAUACAGUCAGGCAGAGGUCUGACGCAGAGAACAGCAGCCAAGGCAGGGAGCUGUUGAUGCGUAUCCUCUUGGUGUUUGUAUUAAAAUUCAAAACGAUCGCGAAGAUCUACAUACCGAUUCUCCGGAACAAAGCUAAGCAGAUGGCGCCUCCUGGGACAGACGUGAAAACAGAGGAUGUGAAGCCGGUUAUUCCAGAUUUAAACGAGGAUAAGGAAACAGGGAAAUCGAAAUUCGGCUUCCCUUCCUCUCAAGCGAUGAGCUACAACGUGGCCGACUACAGGAAUUUAGUUAAGAGUCUGGUUCACGGUGCGAAAGCUAUCACUGCGAAUUGUAUAAACAGCAAGACCGGCGAGGUGACGCAGUCUAAUCAGUUUCAACCGAAGGAGACGUUGGUUUAUAUCAAAUUAGUUAAAUGGGCAUUGCCAGCUUUGGAUAUCUACACGAUAGGUCCUCCGACUCUCGGUGCGAUCCCUCAACCGGGUAGACCGGCGCAAUCUCAGACGAUCAGAACGCGAGAGGAGAAGGAGGUUCUCGAGUUAUUCGGUAACGUGUUCACCCAGAUGAAUCCACAAACAUUCCAGGAGAUAUUUUCGACCUCGAUCGACUAUAUGGUCGAGAGGAUCUUCAAGAACUGCGCGUUGCAAAUCAUUGGAAGUGCCUUCCUGUCCAGUCCUACGAUAUCGUCUACGUUCGCCACGAUCUUGGUGGAAUAUUUAUUAGAAAGAAUGGGAGAUAUGGGUUCCAACGUGGAGAGGAGCAAUUUGUACCUAAGGCUGUUUAAACUCGUAUUCGGUAGCGUGUCUCUUUUCCCAGCUGACAACGAGCAUAUGUUAAGGCCGCACUUGAAUCAGAUCGUCAAUCGAGCCAUAGAGUUAGCCAUGUCCGCUAAAGAACCUUAUAAUUAUUUCCUCUUAUUAAGAGCACUGUUCAGAUCAAUCGGAGGUGGUUCUCAUGAUCUUUUGUAUCAGGAGUUUCUACCUCUGCUGCCGAACAUGUUGGAAGGUUUGAACAGGUUACAAUCUGGUUUGCAUAGGCAACACAUGAAGGAUCUUUUCGUCGAAUUGUGCCUGACAGUUCCGGUGAGGCUGAGCUCUCUUCUACCGUACCUUCCGAUGCUGAUGGAUCCUCUGGUUUCCGCGUUGAACGGAAGUUACUGUUUAGUCAGCCAAGGAUUGCGCACUCUGGAGUUGUGCGUGGACAAUCUUCAGCCCGAUUUCCUCUACGAGCACAUACAACCGGUGCGAGCCGAUCUGAUGCAAGCUCUUUGGAGAACUCUUCACAAUCCGACGGAUCAGGCUCACGUAGCCUUUCGAGUGUUGGGUAAAUUCGGCGGAGGAAAUCGGAAGAUGAUGAUCGAACCGCAGAAAUUGGAGUACAACGAUCGAGAGACCAACUCGCCGGCUGUCGUUGUAUAUUUUCAAGAACCCACGAAACCGAUCGAUUUCCCGGUAGAGAGGGUCAUCGAGACCGCGUUCAACGCUUUGAAAUCGAACAGCACCGACUCGUUUUAUCGUAGACAGUGUUGGGAGGUGAUCAGUUGUUACCUAGCCGCUUCGCUACGAUUGGACGACAACAAUGCGAUUCUUCAUAAAUUAUUUAUGCAUCCGACUUUCAAAGAAGGCAAAAUCUCGCACCAGCAAGGCCCUCAUUACAAGUGUCCGGACGCUGUGGCGAGGAACGUUCAGCAAACAGCGUUGACCGGAUUAUUUGUAGCCGCUGAGAUCAAAGAGCUGAGGCAUUCAGUGUUGGGCACAGUCGUGUCGAUCGUCAGACACUACACUAUGGUGGCGAUCGCUCAGCAAGCUGGUCCGUUUUGUCUUACCGGGAGACAGAUUCGUAUGCAGGGUCAAGAUCCUCUGGUGUUGAUCGACGCUCUGGCGGUGAUCAUGGGCCACGAGGAGAAAGAACUGUACAAAUCUGGUCAUCUGGCUCUGGUCUUGAUCCUCGAGACGGCGACUAACAUUCUCGGUUCGAAGCAACGAGCCUGUCAACUACCUCUGAUGGAGUACUUGGCUGAAAAGAUGUGUUCCCUUUGCUACGAACGUGCUUGGUACGCGAAACUUGGCGGCUGCAUAGCGAUCAAGUUUCUUUUCGAACGAAUGGCGACCAAGUGGGUGUUGAAUCACCUGUUCGUUUUCCUGAAGGCAUUGAUGUUCGUGAUGAUGGAUCUAACAGAGGAGGUGUCGAACGGCGCUAUAGACAUGGCCAAGGCCAACUUGGAGAAGAUGCUGAGAGUUUGCGUGAACCCUGGGAUUCAAGAUGGAAAUACGGAAUUGAUAGAAGCGCAAAACAAAAGUUUAUACGAAGUGACACACGAAUUGGUGAGACAGGUAACGUCUCCUCACACCUUGGUGCGGGAACAGGCUAUGGCCUCGCUGCGAUUGCUGGCUGAAAUACAAAAUAAAACCGUGACGGAAGUGAUGGAACCGCACAAAGAAGUUCUAGCCGAUAUGAUCCCACCGAAGAAACAUUUGCUUAGGCACCAACCGGCGAACGCUCAGAUAGGUCUGAUGGAUGGAAACACGUUUUGCACCACGCUUAAUCCGCGGCUUUUCACCAUCGAUUUGACUGUCAUAGAGCACAAAGUGUUCUUCCAGGAGCUGCUGACUCUCAGCGAGGCAGAGGAUGCCAAUCUGAAUAAAUUGCCUUGCUACAAAUCCGUCUCGAAUCUCAUACCGCUGAGGAAAUCAGCGUUAAGAGCGCUGGCUGCUUGCCAUUACAUCGUCGCCUGUCGAGAGAAGAUCUUCGGCGUUCUCUACAAAGCAUUGGAGAAACCAAACGCGGAACUGCAAGAGGCGGCCUUCGAGUGCAUGCAAAAAUUCAUCGCUGGUUAUCAAAUCGAUAUGGAGUCCGUCCACGCGAUCAUGCGACCGAUGCUCCUAACUUUGGGCGAUCAUAGGAACUUGAGCCUGAACUGUGUGAAACGACUGUCGUACUUGACUCAGCUGUUCCCUAGCACGUUUAGUAUUACUCUCUGCGAACAGUUGUUGCAGCAUUUGAAGAAACUGUUGGAGAAUUUAAUACAAGCGCACAAAGGUAUAUCCAAGUCUGGGGAGAACGAGCAGAAGAUAGCAACCAUCAUAGGGAUCUUUCACGAAAUUCCUGCGGCUACUCCGAAAUUCAUCGACGUUCUCUGCAGGCUCGUUUUGCAGACAGAAAAAUCUCUGAUGGUCGAAGUGUCCAGCCCUUUUCGGAUUCCUCUGAUGAAAUUCUUGCUCCGAUACCCUACGGAGACUCUGAAUCUCUUCUUACACGACAAUAACAUCAAAGAUCAGCAAUGGAGCAGGUACUUGGAGUUUCUUAUCAAACAAAAGGAAGGGAAACCUAUUCGAGACGUGUUGCACAACAGCACGGCGAGAUUGAUCACGAUGUUGCUCGCGCAUUCUCAAACCAAUUCGAAUCUGACUCACAACGAGAAGAGCGAGCUUCAGCAUCAAGCGAUCAAGAUCAUCUCCAUUCUGAUCAAGUUCGAUGAACAAUGGCUGUCGACCCAGACACAGUUAGUAGGUGCAUUAAAACAGAUUUGGUGCAAUGAUGAAUAUCAAGCGUUGCACAAGAAGGUGGAAAGUGUGGAUUAUUGUCAUUGGAAGGAACCCAAGCUGAUCGUGAAGAUUCUGCUGCAUUACUUCAGACACCAUCCAAACGACAUAGAUUUAUUAUUUCAAUUAUUAAGAGCAACCUGUGACAGAUUUAUCCCGGAUUUUCAAUUCAUGCGAGACUUCCUGGAGCAUACGGUAGCACAAGAAUACACAGUCGAAUGGAAACGAAGCGCCUUCUUUAGAUUCGUCGAUCACUUUCCCACCAAUAAUUUAUCGCAAGAGCUGAAGGCGAACGUGUUGCAAUUAAUUGUUAUUCCUUGCUUCGCUGUCAGCUUCGAAAGAGGAGAAGGCACGAAACUGGUCGGCGGCGCACCGAUGCCUUACCAAGACAACCCUGAGAACGUAGUGUCCGUGUUCAUCAGUAAAAUCAUCGAUCCUGAUAAUCCUUUUGGCUCAGCCGAUUGCGUUCGCAUAUCUUUGCUCCAGUUCUCCUGUCUGCUGGUCGAGCAAGCCUCUCAGCACAUCCACGACGUCAGUAACAAAAGACAGGGUAACAAAUUACGCAGACUGAUGACCUUUGCCUGGCCUUGUCUCCUGGGAAAAAACUGCGUCGAUCCUACAACCAGGUACCACGGUCACCUGCUUCUUAGUCACAUAAUCGCCAAGUUUGCCAUUCACAAGAGAAUAGUUCUGCAAGUUUUCCAUAGCUUAUUGAAGGCGCACGCGUUGGAUGCGAGAAACGUAGUGAGGCAAGCUUUGGAGAUCCUAACUCCAGCCAUGCCGGUGAGAAUGGAGGAUGGCAACACGAUGCUGACCCACUGGACCAAGAAGAUCAUCGUGGAGGAAGGACAUUCCAUGCAACAAUUGUUCCACAUCCUCCAGUUAGUCGUCAGACACUACAAAGUCUACUAUCCUGUCAGGCAUCACUUGGUCCAACACAUAGUGAACUCCAUUCAGAGGCUAGGAUUCAGUCCGACCGCGACGAUAGAACACAGACGGCUGGCCGUGGAAUUAGCGGAAGUGAUCAUCAAGUGGGAGUUGCACCGAAUCAAGGACGAGGUCGAAAGCGCGGAAUCCGGAGGGAAUAAAACUUCUACGGGAUCGAUGAAGCGACCGAUGAACGAUGAUCCAACGGGACAGAAACGGAUGACCACUCAAGGAGCCACGGGUAGCUCGACCGUUCCUGUGAUCAUGCCCAGGAUAGAGCCAGGAUCUACGAAACCGAUCGAACGCGCUCACGCAGACGCGAUUCUGAAUUUCCUACUUCGACUGGCUUGCCAGGUGAACGACGUGACGACGAUUCACGGUAAUCCUGGCGAACAAUUAUCAAGAAGAUGCGUGGCUCUGUUGAAGAUGGCUCUGAAGCCUGACGUCUGGCCGCAAUCCUGCGAUCUCAAGUUAGCUUGGUUAGAUAAAGUGUUAGCUAGCGUCGAUAGUGCUCAACCGAACUACGGCAACAUCUCCACGGCUCUGGAGGUGUUGACGUUUCUUCUAGGUGUGAUGAAGAGGGAGCAAAUAUUGGCUAGCUUCAAACCACUGCAACGCGGUAUCGGUGCUUGCAUAGCAAGCAGCAAUACCAAAGUUAUUCGCUUAGUUCACGGACUGUUGUCCCGUUUGAUGACUAUUUUUCCAGCCGAACCUACCUCGUCCACGGUUGCGUCCAAGUACGAAGAACUGGACACCUUGUACACCACCGUUGGCAAAUUUAUAGUCGAUGGAUUGGCGACGUACGAAAAGAACACCACUGCCACACCAAGUUCGUUGUUUGGAACGUUGAUGAUGCUGAAGGCUGCAUGUACGAACAAUCAAAGCUACAUCGAUCGACUGAUCACACCGUUUAUGAGAGUCCUUCACAGGAUGGCUAAAGAUCAUUUGCAUUCUACUCAAACAGAGGCGAAUCCGGUUGGCAGUGAAUUGUUGAUCCUGAGUUUGGAUCUUGUGAAGAAUCGAGUGGUAGUGAUGGGAGUGGAGAUGCGAAAAUCAUUCAUUGGCUCGAUUCUCGUUGGCUUAAUUGAGAAGACUCAAGAUAUAAAAGUGAUGAAAGCGAUUACUAAAAUGCUCGAGGAAUGGAUGAAGAAUAAGAAUCCUAUUGCAAUAAAUCAGGCGCCUAGUCUGAGAGAAAAAUCGAUCCUACUGGUCAAGAUGAUGCAGUAUGUAGAGAAACGUUUCCCUGAUGACUUGGAACUGAACAGACAAUUUUUGGAAUUGGUCAAUUACAUCUACAGGGAUGAGACCUUGAAGUCGUCCGAAUUGACGUCGAAAUUGGAACCGGCCUUUCUCUCGGGUUUGAGAUGCGUUCAGCCUCAGAUACGAACGAAAUUCUUUGAGGUAUUCGAUGGAUCGAUGAGGAGACGUCUUCACGACAGACUUUUGUACAUUAUUUGCAGCCAGAGCUGGGAUGCGAUCGGUCCUCACUAUUGGAUCAAGCAGUGUAUCGAGCUGCUGCUCGUCACUGCGAAUUCGACCACUCAGAUACAAAUGUCUAACCAGGAUACCUUGUUACCGAGCGUAACGUCUGUGAUAAACAUGGCAGAUAGCGAAGAGCAUAAGAACUUCAUGAUAUACAGUUCCGUAAAGGAAGAACCUCAGGACAUUUCCGAAGGAACCGACGUUAAGGACGAAAUUUUAGAUAUGGACCUGUCUAACGUCGAUUCGGCCACUGUUCCCGAAGAGAUCAUCACCACCGGGAAGGCGACCUUAACGCAGUUGAUCGCGAAGCAAGGAGAAUUCAUCGACUAUGCCAAGAAAAUUAGAACGGAACAAUUAUUACUAGCCACGGCGCAACUUUGCCACAUGGACACGAAUUUAGCUGAACGCGUUUGGCUGGACACCUUUCCUCGAAUCUGGAGCAUCCUGGACGAACAUCAGCACAACACGUUAAUCACAGAAGUGGUGCCGUUUAUUUGCAGUGGUACUCAUGUCAUUCAGAAAGAUUGCCACCCAAGUGCGAUCGCUACCUUCGUCGAGGCGAUAUCUCAUUGCAAUCCUCCAGUACCAAUGAGGCCAGCUUUAAUGAAGUACCUAGGCAGAUCGCACAAUCUUUGGCACAGAAUGACACUGAGUCUCGAGCAAAUGGCAUUCGACAAUGGAAACAAUCAAUUCAAGAUCAAGAGAGAGUCCGACUGCUACGAUUUCGAGCCUGACAACAGCCCUCAUGCUGAGAUUUUAGACUCUUUGUCGGAUAUGUACUCGUUGCUAUGCGAGGAGGACAUGUGGUCUGGCCUUUGGCAGAAACACGCCCAUUACAAAGAAACUCUGCAAGCUACUGCGCUUGAACAACAAGGAUUCUUUGAACAAGCACAAGGAGCUUACGACGUGGCGAUGACAAAGUUCAAACAAGACUACGUCUCUACACCGGCUCCUUUCAAGAUACAACGCGAGGCUAUGCUGUGGGAACAACACUGGAUAAGGUGCGCCAAGGAACUGAAUCAAUGGGACUUGUUAUUGGACUAUGGUAGCAAAAAGACAGAGAAGAAUCCAUUUUUGAUUCUCGAGAGCUCUUGGCGCAUUCCUAACUGGACGAUGAUGAAGGAAGCCCUGGCCCAAGUGGAGCACAACUGUCCAAAGGAAAUGGCUUGGAAGGUGAACUUGUACCGUGGUUUCCUGGCGAUAUGCAACAGCGAGGACCAACACUUGAGCGCUGUCGAACGAUACGUGGAGUUGGCAUCCGGUCUCUGCAUGCGUGAAUGGCGCAGGUUGCCUCAGAUCGUGAGCCACGUGCACUUGCCAUUACUUCAGGCCGCCCAGCAGAUCAUGGAACUGCAAGAGGCGAUGCAGAUCCAUCAAGGUCUGUUGCAUGGAAGAAGCACGUCGUUGCACGAUAUGAAGGCCAUUGUGAAGACGUGGCGAAAUCGAUUGCCCGUGAUUGCCGACGAUUUGAGUCACUGGUCGGACAUCUUCACCUGGCGACAGCAUCAUUAUACCUUCAUCUCGAGCCACUACGAUUCUCAGCAAGAUCAAACCACCAAUCAUUCGAUGCUUGGCGUACACGCGUCCGUCCAAGCGAUCAUCCAUUUCGGCAAGAUAGCCAGGAAGCAUAAUCUCUGCGGCGUUUGCUUAGACUCCUUAUCUAGGAUCUACACGAUACCCAGCGUUCCCAUCGUCGACUGCUUCCAGAAGAUCAGGCAACAGGUCAAGUGUUACCUGCAAAUGGCAUCGGUCGGCGGCAAGAACGAACUGCAGGAAGGCCUCGAAGUGAUCGAAUCGACGAACCUUCGAUACUUUACCAAGGAGAUGACCGCAGAGUUCUACGCGCUUAAGGGUAUGCUGUUGUCCCAGAUAGGUCGGUCCGACGACGCUAACAAAGCCUUCUCGGCUGCUGUACAAUUACACGACACCCUGGUGAAAGCCUGGGCACUUUGGGGCGAUUAUUUGGAACACAUCUUCACCCGCGAUGCUCGCCAGAUAUCCAUCGGUAUAUCGGCGAUCACCUGCUUCCUUCACGCGUGCAGACACCAAAACGAGUCCAAGUCCAGAAAGUAUCUGGCGAAAGUAUUAUGGUUGCUCACCUACGACGACGACAAGUCUUCCUUGAUGGACGCCGUCGACAAAUACGCCGUGGGUGUUCCACCGAUCCAGUGGUUACCUUGGAUACCUCAGCUGUUGAUGUGUUUGGUCAGACACGAGGGCAACGUGAUAUUGAAUUUAUUGAGUCAAGUCGGAAGGAUGUUCCCGCAGGCGGUUUAUUUCUCUAUCAGAACUCUGUAUCUGACGCUGAAGAUCGAGCAACGCGAAAGGUACAAGAGCGCGGAGUUGGCUGCUGGAAAGAAUCAGGAAGGCGUGGAAGGUCGAGGGGCUGCAGGGAACGUGCAGCAGCAAGGUGUACCUGAAACGGGACCAAUUCGAGCCACACCGCCUAUGUGGAGGUGCUCGAAAAUUAUGCAUAUGCAGAGGGACAUUCAUCCUACUAUUUUGUCUAGUUUAGAGGGUAUCGUAGAUCAGAUGGUGUGGUUCCGAGAAACAUGGUACGAAGAAGUGCUGAGACAAUUGAGGCAAGGUCUGGCGAAAUGUUACGCGAUAGCUUUUGAAAAUCGUGGUGCAGUGAGCGAGGCAACCAUAACUCCUCACACGCUAAACUUUGUGAAGAAGCUGGUGUCGACGUUCGGCAUAGGAAUCGAAAAUAUAUCCUCGUCUCAAAAUGUGAACAACACGUUUGGCUCAGCGGCUUCAGAAUCCUUGGCGCGCAGGGCUCAAGCUACCGUUCAGGAUCCCGUCUUCCAGAAGAUGAAGGGACAGUUCACCAGCGAUUUCGAUUUCACCGUGCCCGGGGCGAGGUUGCUACACAAUUUGAUCAGCAAGCUGAAGAAGUGGAUCAAGAUACUCGAGGGGAAGACGAAGCAGUUGCCAAAGUCCUUUUUAAUCGAGGAAAAGUGUCGAUUCCUGAGCAAUUUCAGCCUGAAGACCGCCGAGGUGGAACUCCCGGGAGAAUUUCUGUUACCCAAACACUCUCAUUACUACGUCAGGAUAGCCAGAUUCAUGCCAAGGGUCGAAGUUGUUCAGCGACACAACACUGCAGCCAGGAGGUUGCGUAUUCGUGGUCACAACGGUCGUUUGUACCCUUAUUUGGUCGUGAACGAUGCCGGACUCGGUGAUGCGAGACGCGAAGAGCGUGUCCUUCAGUUGUUACGAAUGUUGAAUCAUUACCUGGCUAAACAGAAAGAGACCUCGAGACGAUUCUUGCACUUCACCGUGCCUCGAGUUGUCGCGGUCUCCCCGCAGAUGCGACUGGUCGAGGACAACCCAGCUUCGGUUUCUCUCUUGGACAUAUACAAACAGGGUUGCGCGAAGUUGGGUAUUGAACACGACGCGCCUAUCGCCAGGUACUACGAUAGACUAGCAACGGUGCAAGCAAGAGGAGCGCAAGCGAGUCAUCAAGUUCUAAGGGACAUCCUUAAAGAGGUACAAACGACGAUGGUUUCCAAGACCAUGCUGAAGGAUUGGGCGGUGAAGACCUUCCCGGGUGCGACAGACUACUGGACCUUUAGGAAAAUGUUCACCUUGCAAUUGUCUCUGGCUUGCUUCGCCGAGUACGUCCUCCACUUAACUAGAUUAAACCCAGACAUGAUGUACGUGCAUCAGGACUCGGGUCUCAUCAACAUCGCUUACUUCAAGUUCGAUGUCGAUGACACGUCCGGUGAGCUGGAUGCCAACAGGCCAGUGCCGUUCCGAUUGACACCGAAUAUUCUUGAAUUUCUCACGAGUACAGGUGUUUCUGGACCAUUGACUGCCAGUGCCAUUGCUACAGCUCGAUGCUUAGUGCAACCGUCCUUCAAAGUGCAUACGAUCCUCCGUGCGAUCUUGCGAGACGAAGUGAUCGCGGAUCAUAACAAGAAACAGGAGGACGCAGAAAAUGCGUCCCAAACUCCGACAGACAUGAAAGGCGAGCUUCUGAUAACGAUGGUCACUCGUGCAGUGAACGCGAUCGUUGGCAGGCUGAAUUCUUUGGCCAACUUCGAUGGAACCGACAGCAAAGUCAGUACUCUCGUUGCCGCAGCCAAUAGUCAUGAUAAUCUGUGCAGAAUGGACCCGUCUUGGCACCCGUGGUUAUAGACGUAUCUUUUAAUAGGCCUACUUGUGCUUCCAAUAGCAAUUAAAUGCAAGGAAAGUCAGUGGGUGUGGGUGAUUUCCACGAUCUGUGCAAAAUCUGUAUUAAUGUAGAUUUCAUACGGAGAACACCUACAUUCAUUGAUAUUCUUCGAAUUUGAGAUCUUUCGACACACACAUCCUUUUUUUUUCUUCUAUCCAAAUGCUUCGUUCUUGUGUAAUUUUGAUCGAAAAGAAUGAAUUGUAAUUCGUGUAAAUAAUUACGUGUAAACGUAAGGAAUCGUUUGCAAGAGACGUUCCCGAAAGUGAAGAAAGAAUCGUUCGAUUAUACGUUUCUUGCGCCGACAAAUUUCGCUCGUUUAUCCUCGACCUGUUAAUAUCGUGUAAAAAUUCUCGUUCCGAGAAUGCUCCAUUGUAUCAUUUAUUGUACAUAUUUUUAAAUUUAAGCGUUAUUUAUAGCGAUUUGUCAGAAAGUGUUUAUAAAUUGAAAGAAAAAAAA